AUGGAUCGACGCAAGAAGCAUCAGAUAUGUCGGUCUUCGAAAGGUCCUUCAAAUUAUCUCUACCCACAAGCGAUUCUAUCAAACUCAGAAGCCGCUUCUGUAUCAACUUCUGCUUCAUCUUCUAAAUUGUACCCUUCAGUUGACAUGGCACAAGUAGCGGAGAAGCACUUUCCAGAGGACGAUGCCGUUUCGCAAACUACAAACAUUGUACCGUCUGAAAAUGUUCUUGUCAAGAUACCUGGGGCCAUAGUUCAUCUUAUUGAAAGAGAACACAGUGUUGAACUGGCUUCUGGUGAACUCAACAUAGUCAGUCUUUCACAAGGUGAUAUUGUUGUAGCUGUUUUUGCACGUAUAGGGGAUGAAAUUCAAUGGCCUUUAGCUAAAGAUGAGCCUGUAGUGAAGCUUGAUGAAUCUCACUAUUUCUUCACUCUUUGUAUACCUGAUCAAGACGAUCAUGAGUUGUUGAAUUAUGGGUUAACGAUUGCCACCAAAGGACAAGGUGAUUUGUUGAAAGAAUUGGAUAAUGUUUUAGAGACUUACUGUUGUUUUUCGGUUGAGAAAGUGAGGGAUAUGGAGAGCUGGGAGGUGGUGGCAAGGGAGAUGUCACCAGAGGAGUUGAAGUCAGAAGAUAAUAAGGAAUUGAUGGAGAAAAACUCGGCGGCUUAUUGGACUACUUUGGCACCGAAUGUUGAGGACUAUAGUGGGACUUUUGCGAGGAUGAUUGCAGCGGGGUCGGGGAAGUUGAUUAAGGGUAUUAUGUGGUGUGGCGAUUUGACUGUGGACAGGUUGAAUUGGGGCAAUGAGUUCUUGAGGAAGAGGAUGAAACCGAGUUCAAAAUCUGAGAUUAGUCCUGGUACAAUGAGGAGGAUUAAAAGGGUUAAGAAGGUGACAAAGAUGUCCAAGAAAGCCACUACUGGAAUUCUUUUAGGGGUUGUCAAAGUGACCGGAUUCCUCACAAAUUCAAUUGCCAACUCUAAAGCUGGCAAGAAAUUCUUUAGCAUUCUGCCUGGAGAAGUUGUCCUUGCUAGUUUGGACGGAUUUGAGAAAGUUAUUAAUGCAGUUGAGGUUAGCGGUAAGAAUGUUAUGUCAACUACAUCAGUAGUAACUACUGGGCUUGUUUCAGAGAGGUAUGGGGAGGAAGUAGCAAAGGCAACCAACGAAGGGCUAAAUACAGCAGGAGAUGUAAUUGGCUCUGCUUUGACCAUUUUUAAGAUAAAAAAGGCGAUCGAUCCAGUAACUAUGUUGAAACCCACAAUCCUUGCAAAAUCUAUUGGGAAAGCAAAUUAUGUCGAAUUGAAGUUGACACUUAAAGAUUUUGUUUUGUCAUCAGACCCAUCACUUGCCACUCACCAGGAUAGAUAUGACAUCAACUCCAUCGAGUUUCAUUGGUCACAACCUGCAAUUGACAGUAAUGCAACAACUUCAGCUACUGUUAAUGAAGAAGAUACAAAACAAAUUGAUGUUAACCCUUUUGCAAGAAAAAAGAGGGCUAAGACAUCUGCAGUGUAG